AUGGCGCUCGCUCCCCAUAACACUUCUCAAUUAGAGGCACUACACAGAGACCCAGCUUUACACGAAUCCACCUACGUACACGCCGUCUACGAUAGCAUUGCAGAUCACUUCUCUCAAACGCGGUAUAAACCGUGGCCCAUCAUUGCCGCAUUCCUCGCCUCUCUUGCCCCAGGCAGCAUAGGCCUCGACUCAGGCUGCGGUAAUGGGAAAUAUCUCCCCCUCGAUCAGGGAGGGAAAAUUAUGCUUGUUGGUCUUGAUAGGAGCCUGGGAUUGCUUGCGCAUGCACAAUGGGCAGGAGGGAAGGAGAGGCAUGUAGUGAGGGGGGAUGUCAUGAAUGUCUGCUGGCGUCCCGGCGCUUUUGAUUUUGCGAUUUCAAUUGCGACGAUACACCACUUAUGCACGUUGGAAAGGCGAAGACAAGCUGUGCAAGCUCUACUGCAAGCCGUCUCAUCGUCAGAUGGGCGCGUGCUCAUAUACGUCUGGGCCACGGAACAGGACGAACUGAGCAAGAGAAUCGUACCGGUUGAUCCGGAGAAGGCGGGCGAAAAGGUGCAGGACGUCUUCGUCCCCUGGAAGAAGGCAGCAGUCCAGAGGGCGAAUGGGGCGGGGACGGAGACGGAGACGGAGACGGAGCUGCACCAGCGAUACUAUCAUCUGUUCACUAAGGAUGAACUUGGAGACUUGGUCCGAGAAGCGGCAAAGUGCCUCGGAUUACAUAUAUUGCAGGGUGAGGAUAGCAGUGAGUCAAACGGUCUACGGAUAGUGCAGGAGGGGUGGGAACGCUCGAACUGGUAUAUCGAGUUGCUGCUCACCACUGCCGGCGCAUAA